ACGCAGCGAUGGAGACCGCUCCCUCCACUUUUGUGUCCCUUCUCCUCGUCCUCUUCAUCCUCUCCUCACCCGCCGCCGUGCCCGCCGCCAUGGCCCGGCCAGUCGUGGACGUGCUCACCCCCGACGUCCUCCUCGUCUCACCCCCCGCCACGCCCUCGGCCUUGGCCCCCGGCCCCGACGUGCACGCCUCCGACUACGACGUGUACAUAGUCUUUGUCAGCCGUACUGGUUACAUUGACUCCGUGGACUACGACGUCCGGCUGCUCGCCUCCGUCAUCGGAAGCACGCAGGAGGCAAAGAAGGCCAUGAUCUACCACUAUAGCGGUCUCGGGUUCGCGGCGAGGCUCACAUGUAAUCAAGCGGACCAGUUAGCAAGGAAGGAGGGCAUUGCAACCUUCAAGGACAAGACGUACUAUGUGGACAACGGCGGUCGCUUGCCUCGAUUCUUUGAAGAGAAUGUCUGAAGAUCAAAUGUUUACCCAACUCCUGCUACCACUACGACCUGAAACAUGUCACUAUGAAGUUCUGGGCGAUUUGUUGCACCGACUGUUAAGUUUGUACUGUAUGUACCCUGAAAAAACAAACGCUUGCAAGUUCAUAGCAAAAUAGUACUUGGGAAAUAAUGAAUAAAGCACCACCGGGUGUGACAAAUGAUUCAGAAAGUUCUACUUGUCUAAGCUGAUGAUAUCUGAGGGCCCUGUAUACAAUUUUAUGCAGAUUUUCUGUAGCCCAGAUGAUCUG